AUGGUCAUGACCGGCUUCCAGUCGUGCUGCGGGCCCCUGAUGGGGCGCCUCUUCGGGCACUCCACCAUCGACGUCCUGAGCGCGCCUCCCGCCCUGCCCCUCGGCCCGGGCGGCAGCUGGGUGCCGGCCUACAGCGCGGCGAAGGUCCACGACGCGGUGCGAGAGACGUGCGUGCUCUACGGUGCCGUCUCUGCGGUCCAGCUCGUCUCCAUCUACCUCGCCGGCAGCGGCUUCCGCCGCGUCUCCGAGGGCCUGACCCGGCGGGUGCGCAUCGAGACGUUCUCCGCGAUCAUGCGCCAGGAGAUGGCCUACUUCGACCUCCGCACCUGCGGCCAGCUCACCGACCGCCUGGCCCACGAGGCCGCGAUGAUCAAGAGCUUCACCGGGGAGAGCUUUGGCGGUGUCGUGCGAGUGUUGGUCACCAUAGUGGUGGCAAUGUGUCUGGCCCUGCUGGAGUCCUGGCAGCUCACUGCGACACUCAUCCUCAUCAUGCCCUUCAUGAUGGUGGGCCAGAUUUUCAAGAUGAGGUCUUUGAAAAAGAAGGACGAAUCCAGGGCUGGACCUGUGGUGAGCGAAGUGGUGGGAAACAUCAAGACGGUCGCGGCUUUCAGCUUGCAGGACAGGAUGUUGAAAUGGUAUAAGGAUGUAUUGCGCAAGGAGUUCAUGGAGGACAAGCGUCAAUGCACGGUCACUGCCAUAAUGGAGGGUUACAAUUCCUUCGUCACAUACAUGUUGUACGGAAGUGUAAUGUUGGUUGCCAGCUGUUACAUCGAUUUCUUCCACCUAGACCCCCAGAGCGUCCUCCAGGUGUUCUUCACCCUGGUGUUUAGCUUGGGCGGUAUCUCGCAAGGUAUCACACAGUGGCAGGGAGACAAAGCAAAAGGCGCGCACGCUCUGAAACGUAUCUUUAAUACCCUAGACCGCACGCCGCGCAUCGACGCAUACGACGAGGGCGGCCUUCGCCUCGAGAAGGUUGAGGGUGCCAUCGGCUUCAGCCACGUUCACUUCAGCUACCCCAGUCAGCCGCACGUCAAGGUCUUUGUCGACUUCGACCUCGCCAUAGAGGCUGGGAAGCGCGUCGCUUUCGUAGGACCGUCUGGUUCUGGGAAGAGCACGACGAUAAGACUGCUGCAGCGCUUUUAUGACCCUGCCGCCGGCUGUGUCACGUUUGACGGGCAUGAUAUUCGCUCGCUGAACCUGCAGUGGCUUCGGUCGGUGAUGUCGCUGGUGCAGCAGGAGCCGGUCCUCUUCGCGGGGAGCGUGCUGGACAACAUCAAAUACGGCCGGGAGGGCGCGACCGACGACGAUGCGAUCGCGGCCGCCAAGGACGCGAACGCCCACGACUUCAUUACCAAGUUCGAGGACCAGUACCAGACGUCCGUAGGCGAGCGGGGGGCGCAGCUGAGCGGGGGCCAGAAGCAGCGGGUGGCCAUCGCGCGCUGCAUGGUCCGGCGGCCGCGCGUGCUGCUGCUGGACGAGGCCACCAGCGCGCUGGACACGGAGAGCGAGCGGGUGGUGCAGGAGGCGCUGGACGCGCUGCUGGACAAGGAGCAGCGCACCACGCUGGUCAUCGCGCACCGGCUGUCGACCGUUCAGAGCUGCGACGCGAUCUGCGUGGUGUAUCAGGGCAGGGUGGUCGAGAAGGGCACCCACCAGGAGCUUAUGCGGAUCCCAGGGGGCCAGUACAAGCAGCUGGCGGCGAGGCAGCAGCUCUGA